AUGCUCUACGACGAAAUGUGCGAGGAUGUUCUUGGAUUCGCGAAUGGGCUGGGGGCUGAAAAACUUUCAUUGAUUGGUCAUUCUAUGGGAGGAAAAGUUGCCAUGAACAUGGCGCUCAAAUAUCCAGACAAACUGGCUAGUCUGGUUGUUGUUGACAUUGCACCUGUGGAGUAUUCCUCUUCCUCCAUGCAUCUUUCCAUCCUGGAUGCAAUGGCCAAUCUAGAUCUCAAUUCAAUCACCUCUGUCGCUCAAGCUCGUGAUUUGCUAUCGAAGGAGAUUCCUGAUCAGGAAACUAGGGAGUUUAUCUUGACAAAUUUAACUCAAGUUCAAGAGACCAAAAAGUUCAAGUGGAAGGUGAACGUGCAAUCUAUUCGCGAAGGAGUGAAGAAUGGAGAGCUGAAGAAGUUCAACGUUGAUUCAAACUUGACUUACGACGGUCCAACGCUUUUUGUGAGAGGAGGCAGAUCAAAAUACGUGCAAGAUGUUCACUUCGACACCAUUCGUCGGUUCUUUCCUAACUCACGAGUUGAGACUGUUGAGAAUGCUGGGCAUUGGAUUCAUCAUGAGUCUCCGGAGGAACUGAACCGAAUCCUCAACGAUUGGUUCCAAGAGAUCGCUCCACAAGAAAAGACGACCUAG